CCCCUCAUCGCUGCCUUUCCCUCCCUCUUCUCUCCGUCUCGUUCUCAAUUCUCCGAGCGGAUAUCUAUCAUGUCAUCGAGCAAUCUUCCUCCCUCCGAGUUGGAUCGCCAGGAUACCUCCAAGUCGUCUGCGCGGGACUCCAUUCACGAUGAUACCAACAAGUUAGGGGGUUAUGCCUCGGCUCCGGGGGUUGUGGAAGAUGUAGUUCAGGUGGUGGAUCAUAAAGCUGAGCGCGCUUUAUGCCUACGAUUUGAUCUGAGAUUGCUUCCUGUCCUGGCAGUCAUGUACCUCUUCAAUGCGCUCGACAAAGGCAACCUGGGAAACGCAGAAACGGACGGACUGAGUAAAGAUCUAAACUUCAAAUCCAACGAGUACAACCUUCUCCUAUCCAUCUUCUUCGUCCCAUACGUCAUUUUCGCGCCUCCGUUCGCAAUGCUGGGCAAACGCUUCAGCCCAGCCCGCGUCCUCCCCAUACUCAUGUUCAGCUUCGGCUCCUUCACGCUCUUAUCGUCGGCGACGAAGAAUUUCGGCGGCAUCUUUGCGCUACGGUGGUUCCUCGGCAUGUCUGAAGCAGCCUUCUUCCCUCUCGUCAUCUACUACCUCACAACCUUCUACCGUCGCGGCGAACUGGCCCGCCGUCUCGCCAUCUUCUACGCCGCCUCCAAUAUCGCCAACGCCUUCUCCGGCCUCAUCGCUUUCGGCGUCUUUCAGAUCGAGCACUCCUCGAUCCCCAACUGGCGCUACCUCUUCAUAAUCGAAGGCGCCGUGACUGUCCUCUUCUCCAUUUUCGCAUUCUGGUACCUCCCCCGCAGCGCCAGCGAGGCCAAAUUCCUCUCCGCCGAGGAAAAAGCCCUCGCCUUCCACCGAAUUCAAGUCGAUUCCAGCGCGGUAGUUAAUGAACAAUUCCGGUUCCGCGAAGCCAUCGCUAUCUUCAAACACCCAUCCACAUACAUCUUCCUAGGUAUUGAAAUCUGCCUCGGAGUUCCCCUGCAAGGCGUCGCGCUCUUCAUGCCCCAAAUCAUCCAACGCCUCGGCUUCUCCACCGUCAAAACAAACCUCUACACCGUCGCCCCCAACGUCACCGGCGCCGUCAUGCUCCUGGUUCUCGCCUUUGCCUCGGACGCCGUCCGUCUCCGCUCCCCCUUUAUUGUCCUCGGCUUCCUCUUCACCUUCACCGGUUUCAUGAUCUACGCGUCCAUCGACGACGUCCAGGGCAAGAUCCAAGUCGCCUACUUCGCCACCUUCAUGAUGACAUGGGGAACGUCGGCGCCGUCCGUGCUGCUUAGCACUUGGUAUAACAACAAUAUUGCGCAUGAGGGCCGUCGCGUCUUGUUAACCAGUAUCGGCGUGCCACUGGCGAACCUGAUGGGCCUGGUCAGUAGCAAUGUGUUCCGCAGUGAAGAUAAGCCGAAGUACAUGCCGGCGUUGAUCACGGUUGCUGCGUUCGGGGCGACGGGCGCCGCGCUGGCCGCGUCAUUGGGCUUAUUCAUGUGGUUCGAUAAUAAGAGAAGGGAUCGCAGGUCUGGGCAUACUGUUCGGGCGCAGGAUGUGCCGACGGAGAGACUAAGGGAUGGGCCGGCUUCGGAUGAGUUUCGGUGGUUUUUGUGA